ACAGAACCCGCAGCAGAACGACCCGAGGAUGGAUCACCAUUCAGCCAGGGAACCGGAGCGGGAACCGGGGGAUGCGGGGGACCUGUACCCGGGGGAGCCUGCUAGCCUCUCUGCUGAGGACAUCAGCUCCAGCUCCAACGGACCCAAACAGGACCAGCUGUUUGACGACGACACAGAGGAUCUUUUUGCAGAGGCCACCGAGGAGGUGUCGCUGGACAGUCCGGAGAGGGACGUCCUUCUGUCCGAAGGGCCGUCUCCCGCCAUCACCCCCAUCACCCCGCCCAUCUCCGUCAUCACGCCGCGGCUCGGCCACGCCUACGACGACAUGUUCACACACUCCUCCUUCGACGAGGUGUGUCUCUGCACCAGCACCGUGCCGGGACUGGGUUACGGGAUCUGUGCGGCCCAGAGGAUUCCUCAGGGAACCUGGAUCGGCCCCUUCCAGGGCGUCUCCCUGCUGGUGGACAAGCUGCACUCGGGGGCCGCGAGGAACACCCGCCACCUCUGGGAGAUCUACGACGCCGAGGGAACGUUGCAGCACUUUAUCGACGGAAACGACCCCAGUAAAUCCAGCUGGAUGAGAUACAUCCGCUGUGCCCGGCACUGUGGGGAGCAGAACAUGAUGGUGGUGCAGUACAGGUCCUGCAUCUUCUACCGCGCCUGCAUGGACAUCCCCCGGGGAACGGAGCUGCUGGUUUGGUACAACGACUCCUACACCUCGUUCUUCGGCAUCCCGCUGCAGUGCAUCGCCCAGGACGAGAACCGUGAGUCCUCAGAACCCCGACAGGUGAGUCCGCAGAACCCCGACAGGCCGUACCAGUGCGGCCACUGCUCCCAGUCGUUCUCCCAGCCGUCGGAGCUCCGUAACCACGUGGUCACUCACUCCAGCGACCGGCCCUUCAAGUGCGGCUACUGCGGCCGCGCCUUCGCCGGCGCCACCACGCUCAACAACCACAUCCGCACCCACACCGGGGAGAAGCCCUUCAAGUGCGAGCGUUGCGACCGCAGCUUCACUCAGGCCACUCAGCUCAGCCGACACCAACGACUUCCCAACGAGUGCAAACCGGUGAACGAGAGCAGUGAGUCCAUCGAGGUGGACUGACCUGGACGACUGUUUCACGACUGUUUCCUGGACGACUGACCUGGACGACUGUUUCACGACUGUUUCCUGGACGACUGUUUCACGACUGUUUCCUGGACGACUGAC